AUGGCGGCACGCAAACGGCUUCUGUCGGGACACGUGCGGACACCUCUGGCGGUUGACGUGGCGUUUGCGGCGCAGCUCCAGAGCCACCUGCGCAAACGACUUGAGCUCCACACCAAAAUCGCACAAGCACGGCUCAACAUCGCGCUCAUGGAAGCAGGUCUGCAACAGCUUCCCGACGCGUCACACGAGACGGACGCGGAGACAGCCGCGGACCUUGAUGAGACCAAGAUCGAGCAAAUUUCGCAGCUGGUGCUUCUCAAACACUUGACGCCGGAAGACACCGUCAUGCUUCUCCGCGGUCAGUGCCCCAAGGAUCCGCGACCGAACAAGGCGCUCUUCCCAGAGGAGCUGGCCCGGUUGCUCCACGGUUACUCGCACUGCGACACGCUCAUCGCUGUAGCAUCAGCCGGAUUUACAAUCCCGACCCGGGCAAUCGCGUCGGCCAAACCGGCGCAUCCGAAGAACCACAACUCGGCCGAACGGCAUAGCCGCACAGUACGCCGUCACCUGGCAGAAGGCCAAGCGCGCAACGAGUAUGCGUUCUUCACCGACGCGGUUCUCGCCCGAUGGACUCACGCCGGCCACGACAUCCGGCUCAGCCCGCUCGGCCUUGUACCGAAGAACAACGCGAGCCUUGAUGUCGAUGGACGCGUCAUUCACGACCUUUCGGCACCGGACAAAGCGGCGGUCAACGAUCUCACGAACAAAGACUUGCUACCGGACGUGCGUUGGCGUCGAAUCUCGGAAGUCGCGUCACGCGACGUCAAGAGCGCGUUCCGGCAUCUACGGGUCGCGGCUUGCGACGCCAAAUGGCUUGGCGCCCGAGUUCCCGGAUCCAGCCAUUGGGGCCUCGAUCUCUCGGGUCCUUUUGGCUGGUGCGGCAGCCCACCGUUCUACGUCGUGUUCGGCCGAGCGAUCUCCUUUCUGCCAUUUUGGGCGCUCGAAUGGAUGGACGAUCAUAUCCUCAUCGAGCUCGUCACACAGCCCGAUUCGGAGACGGUCCCAGCUCGAGCGACGGCGGCGGAAACCGCGCUACGGCUAGGCAUGAUGGCGGUACUAGGACCGACAAGCAUCAACGAGAGCAAGUUCAAGGAGUGGACGCCCAACCUCCACGCUUUGGGUCUCAUUUGGCACUUGAACGAAGCGACGGUCUCGAUGCCAGAGGACAAGAUUGCACGCGCCUCGGCACGCGUCGACGCUUUGCUCAUCCGAGGCCGCGCUACAAAAACUACCCUGCUGCAGGUGCUGGGCGUGGCCGUCAAUGCGACGCCAUUCAAGACGUUUACACUGCCCGACCUGGCCCGCCGCGACCUCGAACUUUUUCAAGCCAUUCUGGCGCAAACCAACUUUGCCCACGUACCGGCAGCCAUCUUUGAUCGGUCGUCCGAACCCGGCCUACACCUCUACAUGGACGCGAGUGACGAAGGGCUGGUCGUUCUGGACCUCGCGCACCGUCGCUACAUCCAGCUGUUUUUCGACCAAUCCGAGCGCGAGAUGAUCCGGGCGGUCAGUGGAAAUUCGUCUGGCACGGAAGCGCCGGACACAGCGUUCUUCUCGAUCAACGUCCGCGAGCAUCUAAGCUUGUGUCUCGCGGUGAGCAUCUGGGCCCGAGCGUGGUCAACUCUCGACAAAGGCACUCUCCACCUCGCAGCGUCCAACGUCUACGCUCAAGAGCUCAACCGCCAUCUAGCGCUCGCCCAAGCAGUCAAUCGUCUGUACGUCACGGCGGGCCACAUGGCCGGAGCACGGAACGAAAUGGCCGAUUGCGGGUCACGCAGCCUUGCCGAGCCGUUCAAAUCGCGAUGGCUCCAGUUUUCUCACGGGUGGGAAGCGUGCCCAGUGCCAGCCAACAUUCGCACACACGACCGCUACAAGGCCGCGUGGGAACAGUGGCGCGUGUGGCGAGGGCAUCGCCGACAGUCACCAUGGCUACCCAAGGAGGAACGCGAGCAGACCGACGAGCUUGUCCAGUACGUCUUGCACCUCCGCGACGGCGGCAACUCCGCUGCCACCAUCCGAUCCAAACUAUGCGGCAUCGCUUGGCGUCAUCAGCGACACGGUGGGUACACUGUGGCGCUGGCACCCGACCAUCGGCUCGUCCUCCGCGGGAUGGAACGGGACGACGGAGCCACCCGACGAAUGGAGCCCGUCACAGCGGCAAUGCUCUGGCAUUUGCGGGCCGGACUCAACUUCGACGACCCCCAGCAGCGCUCACUCUGGGGGGCUACGCUCCUGGGCUUCUUCUUUCUCUUGCGGAAGUCCGAGUACCUCCACGAAGGAUCCAAGCCAGCGAAGCACGGUCUCUGCGUGAGAGACAUCCGCUUCACGACGGCCUGGGAAGAGGUAGCGACGUCCGAAGAUCAAGUGCACGAGGUCCACAUCAAGCUGACGAGCUCGAAGACGGACCAGCGGCGCGGCGGUGUGACCUUGCGGUUGUCCCGGUCCGGUAGCUUUUGGCUCUGCCCCAUCCCAGCGAUUUGGGAGCUGCGGCGCAUUGCGAUCGCCGCUGGGGCCAAGGCCGACGAACCGCUAUGCACCACGCUCGCGCCGGACGGAACAAGAGUCGCGAUCAACGAGAGCCAAGUCAAGGCACUCUUACGCGACACGGCGAGAAGGAUGGACAAGGACCCGUCAGCUUACUCCACCCACUCAUUGCGAAGUGGUGGAGCGACCGCACUCUUCAAGGGCGGCGCGACGGAUCUGGCCAUCCAGAAGUUUGGCCGAUGGCGCAGCGACGCGUUCAAGUCGUACGCACACAUCGACGACGUCGAAAUCGCUCAGCUAGAUUUCGACGCCUACUAA